AUGGGCGCACAUUGCAACAAACGAUUACCAGUGGAGGAGGACGAUGAUGUUAUACUUGUUUCUGAAACGAAACGACCAAAACAGGAACGCGUUUAUUGUCCCAUUUCCCCGCAAUCUGUGACAUUGGAGAAAAUCAACGAUCAUUUGGAUCUAGCUCAUUCCAAUAUCGACGCAGACCCAACUGAACCUUUUGAUACACCAUCUUCGUCAUCAUCAUACUCUACUGCUCAGAGCAACAACUCAUUGGACGAGGCUGUGGCAGAUUCAGGGCUUCGUUUACUACGUAUCCAGAAUCUCUCGGACAGGAAGAACAGAGCCUGUCCAUCUCUCGAAGAGAUUCUAUCCAUGAAUGGACCAUUGGAGAGGAUGUUGCAACUCACCUUCAAUAUUGAACUUGAUUGGUUCAUGAAACAAAUCCCGGCUGACUCUAAAGAUGUGCCAGUUGAUAUCAUUUAUGGCUCGAAAGAUGGUAAUGGUAAUCCCCAUCGUUGGAAGAACUUGAAGCUUGUACAGAUUUACAGGGAAUCAUGGGGUUGUCAUCACACCAAAAUGAUGAUUUUGCAUUUCCAAGAUGACACCCUUCGUCUUGUCAUCCAUUCUGCAAAUUUGUCUUGUAGAGAAUGGAAUAAUACGAAUCAGGGGCUAUGGAUCAGUCCACCACUCAGUCGAAAGACUUUUGGACAAGAAGCUUCUCGAUUUGAAAAUGAUCUGUCUGCAUAUCUACAAGCGUACUUCCAAAUCGAACAUGCACCCUCGCGUUUACAAGCGAAACAUUAUCUAAAAUGGCUCGAGGAAUGGGUUAAGAUUAUUCAAUUAUAUGACUUGAGCCCAUGUCGUGCUGUUAUCAUCGCCAGUAUCCCCGGUAAACACACAGACGACGAUUUGGAGGAUUGGGGCAUUAUGAGGAUGGCAAAAGUGCUUCAAGAGGUCAAGUGUGAAGCAAAAGGAACCAUCAUUUGCCAAUUUUCUUCAUUGGGUGGAGGUGAAGAUGCCACCUGGACGACUGACAUAUUCCAUAAGGCUAUGUCACAAUCUACCAAAUUGAGAUGUGGUCUUACAGCAAUGCCAGAUUCUCGACUUCCAGAUUUAGCAUUGGUUUAUCCUACUGAGAGUGAAAUCAAACAAUGGUGA